UUAAAUAAUUCUUCAAAUUGUUUAUAACAAUGAUUAAUGAGGGUAUUGUUGUAAUUGCGUGCUUUUGAACAGUUUGUGCGAAUCUUGGGUGCAGGACGAUCAACAUAAUGUUGGGCAAACUGAUUAUCUUUUUGUCUAUUAGUAGUACUGCAUAUGCUGGUCCCUCCAACAUCGUGCGACCAUGCCAUUACACCAAUACUGUGUGUCUCCGUGAAAACCUCGCCGCUAACUCCAACUGUAACCCGACCGUCAGAGGAUCAAUUCCUGGGGAGUACAGCAUCGGUAGAUUCCCCUUUGAGACACCAUACUUCAAUGCUUCCUAUAUUGAUAAUAACUUGAUUAUUCGAAACCAUAAUAAAUGUGUCACUUCGGAAUUUUUCUACAACGUACAAGCUGACACCUUGGUGCUAUCCAUAGACUGUCCCUUUCUGGAGUUUGAGUCGGAGCGCACCAUGAUCCAGCAUUUCAGCCUCCGAGAAGACAAUGUGUUUAGUUAUCAUUACGUCGGCAUUUAUCCUCUCAUUAGAAUCACGAUGAACCUCCCCCACGCUAACGCCAUGGACCCGUGCUCUGCUUUCGCGUUUGCAGACGUCACCACUUUACCCAUAUUCAGGAUUAACCCGAACGAUAAGAAGACAGCAAACUACUUGUCCCAGGAUAUGACACUGCUGAACAUCUUCGAACGGGAGACGUUCUUCUACAGAGCCAAACAGUUAAUACUUACUUUCAUUAACUCCAAGAUUUGUGAUUUUGGGUGUAACGCAUAGAUCUCUUCAAGAUAACCAAACAACCUCGAAGGAAACCUGUUGAGUCUACAAUACAAAUUUUGAUUUUGGUUAUUAAUAAAGAUUAGAAAUCUUACUAAA